AUGGGGAACCAGAGAGAAGCUCAACUGCAAGAAAGACUAGGCCGCCAGUUAAUACUGUUUCCACUACCAUUGCAAGGCCAUAUUAGCCCUAUGCUUCAGCUUGCAACCAUUCUUUAUUCAAAGGGCUUUUCCAUAACAAUCGUUCAUACCAAAUUCAACUCUCCCAAUCCUACAAAUUAUCCCCACUUCAACUUUUACCCUAUCUCUGAUGGCUUGUCGGAAAGUCAGUCUUCCCCAAGUGAUGUCCUCUCUCUACUGUCACUCCUUAAUCAGAAUUGCAUUGCACCAUUCCAAGAAGCAUUGGCUCAAUUAUUAGCUGAUAAAUCGGGGGAUCCAAUUGCAUGUUUAAUCUCAGAUGCCAUCUUGUACUUCACAUCUGCGGUUGCUAAGAAUUUUAAUCUCCCGAGGAUUGUUUUAAGAACGGGAGGGGUAUCGUCUUUCCUGGCUUUUGCUGCUUUUCCACUUCUGCUCGAAAAGGGAUAUAUUCCAACUCAAGACGGUCGAGCAGAAGAGCUAGUUGUAGAGCUUCCUCCCCUUAGAGUAAAAGAUCUCCCCGUGAUUAAGACAUCUAAUCCUGAGAUGCUUUAUGAAGUACUAGAAAGAAUGAUUCAAGAAACCAAGAAUUCUUCGGGACUGAUUUGGAACUCUUUUGAAGAACUUGAAGAAGCUGCACUCGCCAAACUCCGCCAAGAUUUUCCAAUCCCAAUCUUCCCAAUUGGCCCCUUUCAUAAGCAUUUCACUGUCUCCUCAAGUAACUUAAUAGCAGUUGACACAAGUUCUAUUUCCUGGCUAAAUGAACAAUCUCCAAAUUCUGUUAUUUAUGUGAGCUUUGGAAGUAUUGCAGCAAUAGAGGAAAAAGAAUUUAUCGAGGUUGCUUGGGGCCUAGCCAACAGCAAACUUCCUUUUCUAUGGGUUGUUCGACCUGGAUUAGUUCAUGGUGCAGAAUGGUUAGAACUGUUGCCCAAAGGCUUCCUUGAGAAGUUAGACGGAAGAGGCCAUAUAGUGAAAUGGGCUCCUCAACUAGAAGUGCUUGCGCAUCCUGCUGUAGGAGCAUUUUGGACUCAUAAUGGAUGGAAUUCAACAAUAGAAAGUAUUUGUGAAGGCGUGCCAAUGAUCUGUAUGCCAUGUUUUACCGAUCAACAGGUGAAUGCGCGUUAUGUCAGCCAUGUUUGGAAAGUUGGGGUGCACUUGGAGAAUGGCCUGGACAGGGUAAACAUUGAGCAGGCCAUUAAGAAAAUUAUGUUGGAGAAAGAAGGUGAAGAAAUUAGAAAACGGGUUUUACAUUUAAAGGAAAAGACUAAUCUUUGUCUGGAGGUUGGGGGCUCCUCUUACAAUUCUGUAAAAACCGUGGUCAAUUACAUUGCAUCAUUCUGA